AUGUCAGRCCAACAACAGCGUACAAUGAGACCUUUCACCCAACGCAUCGACAAUUUCCUCAUGGAGUUCCAAGCCGUUGCAGAUAACUACGAAGCUCUACAAAUCAAUCUCCACAAGGCCUCAAUAGAACCACUCUACACACUUCUCUCGGAUUUCACCAGGGCCCCUCUAUCAUCCCCCGACGAAAUCUCACGCGCACUCGCGAUCCUCAAGGAAGCGAUCCCUUUGCUGGAACUUGCGAAGACGCUCUUCGAGAAAUUCAGCCUUCGCGCGAAAACCUUCCAAAACGCUUUCGAUCAUCUCUGCGCGGCAGAUGAUCUUGAGAAACGGACUUCUGUGUCGCAGCUGCUUGAGAGUGGGAAUCGCGAACGGUUUAUCAAGUUUUUUGGUUCGGCUACGCUGAUUGGGAUUUGUAAGGAGCAUGUCGAUGAGCGUCUGGGGAUGUUGAAUGAUUUCUUGAACAAAGCCAAGAGCGGCAACAUUGGGUGUGUAGAGUGGGUUGGAUUGUUCGAUUGA